AUGUCUCAUGGAUCAGGCUGUACCAGGUUCAAUGGCCUUUCAAAAUUGGUUGUAUCUCAUUCUUUCAGAGGACAUUCUGGCAAACAGUCCCAGCAUGUAGCUAAUGCAGAUGCUAUGUGUUGGGCAGAAAUUCAAGAGAUGUCAAUGGAAGAUCAUGAUACAGUGCAUGAUAUGAUAACUGACUAUGGCAUAGAGUCCAACAUGCUCCCACAUACAGCACCCCCUAGAGAGGAAGGCUUGGAGUUUAGCCAUGUGGGUGGUGAACACAAAGCUUUUGAAGGUCUUGCCAGCCAAAUUGCUGGGAUAAGUGGCGGAAAACCAAACAGCUCAUUGGGGUACUCAAAUAGAUCUCCUUUGUAUCCCAAUGUUGUGAUAUCCCUACGCACUCUUGCCACCUACUGUCAAAUUCAUCGAACAUGUCCUCAUUUCAGCAUCCAAGCUCAGUGCAAAGCUUUGUGUUUUCUGUACAGUGUAACUGCAUAUGACAUAUACCUUGAAAUCGUUCAUUGUGUCAAUAAGUCAUGUUUCUACAAGCUCCAGGAUGAGCCUGCACUUCAUUUUGACUGGCUUGUCUCAAUAGAUGGCAACAAUAGCUUGAAACACUGGGACUCCACUAUAUAUGACUACUGGAUUGAACCUGCCACUGUAGACCAAUUCAAGGGUGAAGUCAAAGCUUGA